UUCAAGGAGAGGGGGCAGAUGGCGGGUGGUCACACCCAGCACGCACCUUCCAGACCCUUGAAAGCCCCAAACGGGAAGAGGCAACGGAGAGCACCCAUGGCGCCCAGGGUUCCCAGGCUAGAGGACGAGGAUCCUCGGCUCAAGUGUAAGGACUGCGGAGCCUUUGGGCACAACGCAUCCAGCACCAGGUGCCCCAUGAAGCGCUGGGACGGGUGCCUGGCCCCCCAGGCCUUUGUCCCCAGGAAGCCGAAGGAGAAUGUGGAACCACGCCAGCAGCAGGACCGGCACAAGCCCGGGCCCUUCGACCAGGCUGCGAGGGACAUGGAAGAGGGACAAAGGCGAGAAGCCCAGCAGAGGAAGGCGCUGCUGCAGAGGUUCCCCAGGAUAGGCCCUGGAAGGCAGCAGCGAGCCUGGAGGGACUCCACAGAAUCCUGUGACUAUGUGAGGCAUCCGCACAGGCCGAUGCCCGUGUACACCGCCAAGAGGGUGUCCGUGCUGGCGCCGCACGUCCCGGCUGAGCCUCCCAGCGGGACGCCUGACACGACACAGCUGUCCCCGUCGGCUGCUCCUCUCGGGAGACCUGCGGCGAGCACCUUCCCGCCUGCUGGCCGACAGGAUGCCCAGCAAGCGGGGACCCCAGCCCCGCCUGCCCCGCCUGCCCCGGCACACCAACGCUCCGCCCGGGAUCCGGGCCUCGGCGUCCAGCUGAGACAACACCGGCCCCGAUGUGCCUCCCUGGAAGCUUCCAGGGCUGUCUCCAAGGCGCGUGGCAUUGGCCACGCCCAGGCACCAGCCAAGCGUCCUGAGGUGAGCCCUGAUCCUCCUCCAAGCCGUUGGGCUCCGAGUCCCCAGCCCCACAUCCAGACACCAGGCAAGAGAUGGGCCCCGCUCCCCGACGACACGUGCCAGAACCCUCGAAAGAAACCACGAUGGACCCCCUUUCAUCAACCCCACAAGAGCACAGGGAGCACCCACGUGGGGCUGCGCCAGAGUCUGUGUCGUCCAGCAAGGAGAAGUGUGUGUGGUCCCACGGGGGCAGCCCAGCUGACCAGGAAGACACCUGCCUCGGUGCAAAGCAGGGGCCUCCAGCCUCCACGCCCCCAACCUCACCUGGACACUCUCCAGGCGUGCACCUUGCCCCCGUGUCCGCCCUGUCCGCAGGCACCCGGCCAGCCCCUGCGGAUGGUCUUCAGCCGCCUGGACAAAGGCGGCUGGAGCUCCAGGUUCAUAGCAGCUCCCUGUCUGCCACCUCCCGAGAGGCCAGUCCCCCCUGGCCAGGGCCCGCCCGUCACACACCGGUCUGAGGGAGGCUGUGUGCCUGUCUCCCGGAGCAUCCUCCACGAUGACCUGCAGCUUUCCUCGUCCUCGGAGGAGAGCGACCGCGAGUGAGACACCUCAUGUCCUCGGACACCCGUCCUCUGGCUCUCGUGACCCCGAGCAGAUUCUAUGAGAAAUCCAGCGCCAGGAGGGCAAGACGUCGUCCACUCGAAUGUAAAGUUAAGGAUCUGUGAAAUGAAUGUGUAGCGGGUUUGCGAAUGUCUCAAUUUGGGGACACCGGAGGAAUGAUUCCAGUCUGGGCUGGGCAAGUGGAGGCAAUCUUUUGUUUUAGAACAGUUCACUGAUAUCGCUUUUCUGCAGAUCAUAUCGGGGAAUAUUCUACAUGCUGUCUGCAUUUUUGUUUUUCCCUGAUAGUGCAACGUUGCGUGUAGUGUUACCACAGCUAAUAAAAUUUGCUCAGACACGACCGAAUGUGCAUGGUUUUCUUUUUUGUGUGUACACCGUAGUUUCCCGUCACUUAGAGUAGAAUCCUGCAUUGGUUCCCAAGUGCACUUGGGACUUGGAUCCUCACCUAGUGGAGAACAACUAAGUAUUCAGAAGCAGCAAAGAAACACGGGUUAACCUCUCUUCCCCUUUCAAGAUAAAGUCUCUCCAAGUGUCCUGGGAACAAGACAAUGCUAG